AUGUCGAAAUAUUUGCGACAAUAUUGGCCUGAUAAGCCUACGAAAACUGAAAAAGACUUGCCUGAUUUGCAGGGACGAAUCUUUAUUGUCACAGGAGGCGCUGGAGGCAUUGGCUUGGCUGUAGCGACAGCUCUCUUCCACGCCAAUGCGACGCGCGUAUAUAUCCUUGGCCGGUCUGAAGCUGCCGGCAAGACAGCCAUAAACACCAUCCAGACGUCAGAUCCGCCCGGUGAUAUGAAGCGUCGCAGCGCCGGUGGUGACAACGACGUACUCAAAUUCUUGCCUCUAGACCUCUCUGACUUGCAAGGAAUCAAGCAAACAGCCGAGGCGUUCUUGGAGGCGGAAACCCGUCUAGAUGUUAUCUGGCACAACGCCGGCGUCAUGGCUCCCCCUGAAGGCAGUGUCAGCAAGCAAGGACACGAGCUGAGCUUCGCCACCAACGUAUUGGGCCCUUUCCUGCUCCAGCACUUCCUCACGCCAAUUCUGCUCAGGAUUGCAGACGGAGAUGCCGCCCCCAAGGGAUCCGUCCGCACAUGCUGGGCAGCUUCUGUGGAGUUUCCUGACCCCCCUGGCGAGGAUGGUAUCCUAUGGGAUGACUGGGGACUGACUUCACCCAACUUUUCCGGUCUCGGUGGGCGUAGCCUGCGAUAUGUACAGAGCAAAUGGGCAAACACCAUUCUCGCGGCCGAAUUGGCCAAGAGGUAUCCUCAAUUCACAGACCUCACUCGCCACGCUCCCAGCAUCUUGAAGAGCAUUCAGGGCAUGCUAUCGUACCCAGUUCGAUUGGGAGCCUUGACCGAGCUGCAAGCAGGUUUUGAUGCCGAAGUGGCUGAGCAUAAUGGGUGCUAUCUCAUCCCCUGGGGAAAGAUUGGGACCCCGCUCCCAAAAGUCGUCGAGGGUAUUGAGAAGAGGGGAAGCGGAGAGAGGUUGUGGAAUAUUUGUGACAGCCUGGUGAAGGAUUUCUACUGAGCGUUUACGUACAUGGACAUAUUUUGAUCAUUGCAACUAUUCUGUCAUGUAUAUGCAGCUGAU